CAAAGUUUUCAUACGUGUUUCAGGUGUUGGUGCAGGUGGUUGUGUAAUUUUUAGUGCUUUGUUUGAUUUAUAAAAGCCGGGAUACUUCGAACAGGAUAAAUCAUGGAUGAAACGGUGUGGGCUCGUGACCAUACUGAAGGAUUCGUUCUCGGCAGGAUAAGGGAACUCCUCGAUGAUGAGGUGGAGGUGGUUCCGUUGGACCAUAAGUAUCCUAAGAGAGUGCUACCCUUCAGUGACAUCUUCAGAGCCAACGUAGAAAAGGACAGGGACUACGAUGAUAACUGUGAAAUGAUGUUUUUGAAUGAGGCGUCGCUACUGCAUAACAUUCGCGUGAGAUACUAUAAAAACAAGAUAUAUUCAUAUGUAGCCAAUAUCCUAAUCGCCGUCAACCCUUACAAGGAAAUUCCAGCUUUGUACUCCUCAGACACGAUAAAGAACUACAGGGGUAGAUCCUUGGGAGAAAAACCCCCGCACGUGUUUGCUAUCGCCGACAAAGCCUACCGCGACAUGCGCGUCUUAAAACAGUCCCAGUCUAUCAUAGUUAGCGGUGAAUCGGGGGCGGGCAAGACGGAAUCCACCAAACAUCUGUUGAAAUACCUCUGUGAUAGUUGGGGUGCCGAGGCCGGUACUCUCGAGCAAAAGAUAUUGGACGCAAAUCCGGUGCUCGAGGCGUUCGGUAACGCCAAGACCACCAGGAACAACAACAGUUCCAGGUUUGGGAAGUUCAUAGAGGUGCAUUUCGAUAAGACUUUUAAGGUUGCCGGCGGGCACAUUUCACACUAUUUGCUGGAGAAGAGCAGGAUAUGUUCGCCCCAAGGAGACGAGAGGAGCUACCACAUUUUCUAUAUGCUGAUGGCUGGAGCCCCAGAGGGCUUGAGGCAGUCGCUGGGGUUGACUAAACCAGACGAUUACAAUUAUUUAAAGUCAGCCUGCACCAGAUAUUUCACCACAUCGGCCAGCGAAAGGAAACUUGGCUCAGGCCAAAAAAGUGCUGACCACAACAGUAAAGGACCCCUCAAAGACAUCCUCCUAGAUGACAUGGGAGAUUUUACAGAACUAGACAAAGCCCUGUCUCGCUUGGGAAUGUCGGACGGCGAAAGACUGCAGAUCUACACAACUGUCGCCGCGGUUCUCCAUCUCGGUAACAUUGAAUUCGAAGAUAACCCAGAGGACACGAGAGGAGGCUGUAGAGUGGCAGCUAGCAAAGAGAAAUCCUUGAUAAUGUCAUCUAAACUUCUCGAGAUUGACCCCACCGAACUGAGGCAAGCUCUGGUUGCUAGAGUCAUGCAAAGCAGUCGGGGGGGUCUGAAAGGAACUGUGAUUAUGGUGCCCCUUAAGAUAUAUGAAGCUAAUAAUGCCCGUGAUGCCCUUGCCAAAGCUAUUUAUAGCAACCUUUUCGAUUAUAUUGUGAACCGAAUCAACCAAAGCAUUCCGUUUCAAUCUUCUAGUUACUAUAUCGGUGUGCUGGAUAUCGCUGGAUUUGAGUUCUUCACCGUUAAUAGUUUUGAACAGUUCUGCAUUAAUUACUGCAACGAAAAACUGCAACAGUUCUUCAAUGAAAGAAUAUUAAAGCAUGAACAGGAAUUGUAUAAAAGAGAAGGUCUGAAUGUACCUGAAAUUACCUACAUAGACAAUCAAGACUGUAUUGAUGUGAUUGAAACUAAAAACAAGGGCAUCUUGACCCUUUUGGAUGAGGAAUCCAAGCUCCCAAAGCCGUCCUACACUCACUUCACAGAAGAAGUUCACAAGGCCUGGCCUAAGGAGUACAGGUUGGGCCUGCCAAGGUCUUCCAAACUCAAGGCACAUCGUAGUCUUAGAGAUGACGAAGGAUUUCUGGUCAGGCACUUUGCUGGAGCUGUUUGUUACCAAACUAAAUAUUUUAUUGACAAAAACAAUGAUGCCCUCCAUGCCUCCUUAGAAGGCAUCAUUCAAGACAGCAAGAACAAGUUGAUCCAGACAUUGUUCUCAACGUCAAUGGCACAAAAGGGUAAACUGACCUUCAUCAGUGUCGGCAAUAAAUUUAAGACGCAGUUAGGAGAACUUAUGGAAAAAUUGAGAAGCAACGGUACUAAUUUCAUUCGUUGUGUGAAACCAAACAACAAAAUGAUUGACCAGCAAUUUGACGGCGGCUUAAGCUUGAUGCAGCUCAAGUGUUCCGGUAUGACGACCGUUCUGGAGCUUAUGGAACACGGUUUCCCGAGCAGAACGCCGUUUGCCGACUUACAUGCCAUGUACAAAGACUAUCUUCCUAACGAACUGAAAGUUCUUUCAGCCAAAACAUUCUGUCAGGCGAUGUUCCACAGCUUGAAGCUUCAAGACAGGGAUUUUAAGUUUGGAGUGACGAGAGUGUUCUUCAGACCGGGAAAGUUCGCGGAAUUUGAUAAAAUCAUGAAAUCGGACCCGGAGAAUUUGAAAUCCAUAGUGGCUAACGUCAAGAAGUGGUUGAUAAAAUCCAGAUGGAUGAAAGCACAAUUCUGCGCACUUACCGUUAUAAAAAUGAAAAACAAUAUCGCAUUCCGCAAAAAGGCUCUUCUCAUCGUUCAGAAAACCGUCAGGGGCUACCUGGUGAGGAAGCAACACGGGCCCAGAAUAAAGGCUCUGAGAAAUAUCCACGCAUUAAGCGGGAACCUGCAGAAGGUCGAAGCCAGCGCUGCUCAGCUGAAAAAAGAUAAAGAUAGCAUCACUAACCAAAUAAAUCAGCUGAAAACUCAGUUCGGCUCUGCCAUCGACCGAAUUAAGAGUGACGACAAAAUUAAUCCAAAGGCCGCCCAAGCUUUGUAUACCGACUUGGUAGCAAAAGUAAAUCUACAGAUGGCGGCACUGCAGAAGAAACUACAGGAACAAAAGAACGCAGAAGAGCAGGAAAGGUUGAGGAAGAUACAAGAGGAGCUGGAGAGGCAAAAGAGGUUAAAGGAAGAAGAAGAACGUAAGCAACGAGAGGAGGAGGAGAACAGGAGGAAGAAGGCAGAGAUCGAGGCCAGGAGGAAACUCGAGGAAGAGGAAAGGAAGAAACAGGAAGAGGCCGACAGGAAAUUGGCCCUUGAACUGCAGCAACAACAGGAAAAAUUGGCACAAGAAGAGAGGCGCUACCAGGAGCAGCUUGAACAGGAACGGCAGGACCGUGAGUUGGCGUUGCGGCUAGCCCAGGAAAGUAACGGCCAACUUGAAGAGAGCCCACCCAUGAUCCGCAACGGGGGAGUAGAGCCGGCCAGACAGUCCUUCAAACUCAACAGAUCCGAAGCGGUGAAGAACCAACAAGCCAACCUUGCCAAGAGUAAAUACGACCUUUCCAAAUGGAAAUAUUCGGAGCUGCGCGACACGAUCAACACGUCUUGCGACAUUGAGCUGCUGGAGGCUUGCCGUCAUGAAUUCCAUCGCCGUCUCAAGGUGUACCAUGCCUGGAAGGCAAAGAACCGCAAGCGCACCACCAUGGACGAGAACGAACGUGCCCCGCGUUCUGUGAUGGAGUCUGCAGCGAAGACUCCUCGGCUGCCUCAAAAAGCCAUCUUGGAUAAUAAUACCCAACGCUACUUCCGUAUUCCGUUCCAGAGGCCCGGCGGUGAUCAGAGCAAGAGGGGAUGGUGGUACGCUCAUUUUGACGGGCAGUAUGUCGCUAGGCAGAUGGAGCUGCAUCCUGACAAGGCCCCCAUUCUUCUAGUGGCAGGAAAAGACGACAUGCAGAUGUGCGAACUGUCCCUGGAAGAAACCGGUUUGACAAGGAAACGAGGUGCUGAAAUAUUGGAAAAUGAGUUCAACAAAGAAUGGGAGAAAAAUGGUGGAACGACCUACGUUCGACCAGCCGAUAGGAAAUAAUAAAAAUUUGGAUUCACAUAUAAUUAAGCUACAUUCCUUUUCUCUUCAAGACUUCAAGGGGCUUUUAUUUUAAAUGUUGCAAUUAUUAGCUUUACAGUAUUAUAUAAUAAAGUUAUGUAAUGUAAUUCCAUGAGAAAAGUAAAUUUAUAAAUAAAUUAUUUAUCAGUUUC